AUGACUGCCUAUGUUCCCUUCGACUGGGCUGUAGCCACAGGAGAUGCUACUUACCAAACGAUGGCUUGUCGCGAGAGAGAAGAAAUACACAAGAAAACAUUUCGAAAAUGGAUCAACACCAAACUAGCAAUGGCGGUGCCUCCGUUAGAAGUUACGGAUCUUAUAGAGGAGAUUCGAGAUGGUCACGUGCUCCUCUCUCUGCUAGAGGUUCUUUUGGGGAAAACUCUGAAAAGAGAGAAAGGUCGAAUGCGUGUGCACAAACUCAACAAUGUGACCAUGGCAUUGAAGUUGUUGGAAAAAAACAGAGUCAAACUUGUUGGAAUCAGCAAUUACGAUAUUGUUGAUGGAAAGAGCACGCCUAUCCUUGGACUCAUUUGGAGCAUUAUUCUGCGAUUCCAGGUUCAAGGUGUGAUGACAGAGAAUGACUCCGACUCUAGCGUCAAGGAUUUUCAAGUCGAGAAGAAACUUCUUUCCUGGUGCCAGACGAGCCUCGAUGGAUACGAGGAUGCCGUUAAACUUAAAGACUUCACUUCAAGUUGGAGAGACGGUUUGGCUUUUAACGCCAUCAUCCACACACACAAACCCGAGCUAUUCCGAUUUGAAAGCCUCUUGCAAAACGAUAACCGAGCCAACCUUGAUCACGCAUUUAAUGUAGCUAACGAAGAGUUUUCUGUGCCGAAGCUGCUUGACCCUGCAGAUAUUGAUGUUGACAAACCAGAUAAGAAGUUAAUCAUCAUGUAUCUGACCAGUUUAUAUCAUGGCUUGAGAGAAUACUCGCCUCAAGGAGGAAGAAAGAGAAGGAAACUAGAUAAUCUGGCAGAUCUCGAGGCGUAUCGUGCGGCGUUGAAGGAAGUCAACAUGUACAUCUCACAAGUAGAAAACAUCGUCUCCACAAAACUAGAAACGACAGGUCGUUUUGUCGAUCCCCAAGAGGAAUACAAGACUUCAAAGGUACGAAACGGCAAAAACGUGUUUUUGUUGACAUCCAACACUAAAUGUUAG